UUUGUCACGCAGCCAGAAAGGUCUCCGUUUCUCUUCAAAGAAAGUAAACUAACUUCAUCCAAUCUUUGUCAAUGACACAGCAGAGUCUCUGCAAACACUGACUUCAGAUCAGAACAUGGACGUGUGUUUAGAGGACGAGGAGGAUGGAGCAGAGUCUCCUGUACCCAGCUGUCUGUCUAUGAAGAGUGAUCUGUCCAAACAUGAACCUCCAUACUUCAGUAAAGAACCUGGACCCUCAGACACAAAGGGGACGAAGAGGACUCAUGUUAUAGACGAGCAGCCGUCCUGUCCUGUGUGUCAGGACGUCCUGAAGGAUCCCGUCUCUACCAGCUGUGGACACUGGUUCUGCAGACAGUGCAUCACCUCAUACUGGGACCAGUCUGGUUCACCACGAGACUCGUCCUGUCCUCAGUGUGGAAAAAGAUCCAGAACAGGACCUGGACUGCAGACAGUCAGUCAGAGCAGCACUGAACAAAUUGAUAGAGGUCUGCAGGAGGUUACAGAUGAACAUAAGGUCAGUCUGAGGAGGAGAUGUGAACGUGUGACUGAAGGAAGUGAUGAAACAGGAAGUAGAACCCUCCUCAACAGGAUCUACACUGAGCUCUACAUCACAGAGGGACAGAGUGAAGAGGUGAACACCCAACAUGAGGUGAGACAGCUUGAGACAGAUUCUAAAAAGAAGACCCUCCAUGAGACUCCAAUCAAGUGUCAGGACAUCUUUAAAGCCUUACCUGCUCAACCCGACCAACAGAAACCCAUCAGAGUGGUUCUGACAAACGGCGUCGCUGGUGUUGGUAAAACCUUCUCAGUACAGAAGUUCACUCUGGACUGGGCAGAGGGCUCAGAGAACCAAGAGCUCAGUCUGGUGAUCCUGCUUUCAUUCAGGGAGCUGAACUUGAUCAGAGAUAAGGAGUACAGUCUUCUUGAGGUGCUCUGUGUUUUCCAUCCAACAUUACAGAAGGUCACAGCAGAGACGCUCGCUGUCUGUAAACUGUUGUUCAUCUUUGACGGCCUGGAUGAAAGCAGACCGUCGUUGGACUUCACAAACAGUGAGGUUGUUUCUGAUGUCACACAGAAGUCAUCGUUAAACACACUGUUCACAAACCUCAUCAAGGGGAAUCUGCUUCCCUCAGCUCUCAUCUGGAUAACUUCUCGACCUGCAGCAGCCAAUCAGAUCCCUCCUUCAUGUGUUGACAGGGUAACAGAAGUACGAGGCUUCACUGACGCCCAGAAGGAGGAGUACUUCAGGAGGAGGUUCAGUGAUGAUGAAGAUCUGUCCAGCAGAAUCAUCUCACACAUCAAGACAUCCAGGAGCCUCCACAUCAUGUGUCUGAUCCCGGUCUUCUGCUGGAUCACUGCCACAGUUCUGGAUCACAUGAUGAGCAGAGAGCAGAGAGGAGAGCUGCCCAAGACCCUGACUGACAUGUACUCACACUUCCUGCUGGUUCAGACAAAGAGGAAGAAGAACAAGUAUGGUGAGGGACUUCAGAUGAGUCCACAUGAGCUGAUGGAGGCUGACAGGGAAGGUCUUCUGAAGCUGGGGAGGCUGGCGUUUGAACAUCUGGAAGACGGAAACAUCAUGUUCUACCAAGAAGACCUGGAGCGGUGUGGUCUGGAUGUCACAGAGGCCUCGGUGUACUCAGGAGUUUGUACAGAGAUCUUCAAAACAGAGUGUGUGAUCUUCCAGAAAACAGUCUACUGCUUUGUUCAUCUGAGCGUUCAGGAGUUUCUGGCUGCAGUCUACAUGUUCCACUGUUUCACCAACAGGAACACAACAGUUCUGAAGGCUUUUCUGGGAGAAAUAAAUGUAGAUUCAACUCUUGAUGUUCUCCUAAAUGAAGCAAUGAAGAAAUCCAUGAGGAGUAAAAAGGGUCACCUGGACCUGUUUGUUCGCUUCCUUCAUGGACUGUCUCUAAAGUCAAACCAGAGACUCUUAAGAGGCCUGAUGGGUCAGACAGACAACAGUCCAGAUAUGAUCCAAAGAGUCAUCAACAACCUGAAGGAGAUGAACAGUGAAGAUAUCUCUCCCGACAGAAGCAUCAACAUCUUCCACUGUCUGACGGAGAUCAACGACCUCUCAGUCCAUCAGGAGAUCCAAGAGUUCCUGAAGUCAGAGAACAGAUCAAAGAAGGAACUCUCUGAGAUCCACUGCUCUGCUCUGGCCUACAUGCUGCAGAUGUCCGAGGAGGUUUUGGAUGAGUUGGACCUGUAUAAGUACAACACAUCAGAGCAGGGACGAUUGAGACUGAUUCCAGCUGUGAGGAACUGCAGGAAGGCAAAACUUUCUGGCUGUGGACUCUCUGAGACUCACUGUGACGUCGUGGCCUCGGCUCUGAAGUCCAACCCCUCCCAUCUCAGAGAGCUGAACCUGAGUAACAACGAUCUGCAGGAUUCAGGAGUGAAGCUGCUGUGUGAGGGACUGCAGAGUCCAAACUGCAGACUGGAGACUCUGAGAUUGAUUUGCUGCAGUUUGUCAGAGAUCAGCUGUUCUUCUCUGGUCUCAGCUCUGAAGUCCAACCCCUCCCAUCUCAGAGAGCUGGACCUGAGGGUGAACACGCUGAAGGAUUCAGGAGUGAAGCUGCUGAGAGCUCUUGAGAAGAAUCCAAACUAUCGACUGGAGACUCUGAGAUGCAGGAGAUGAUCACUGACAGAAUGUGAGCCAUCAGGACGCUGGUGGUGCAGAGAGGAGCAGCUGUGUCCUGAUGAUCCACAGAGGAUGAAGCAGCAGCUCCACUGUCACCGUCUCCACAGAAUUAACCCUGAGUGUUCCUCUGACGUGACAGAGUAUCAUCAGAGUUCAUGGACUGCUCUGCUGCUGCUCCGUCCUGCUACACUCUCUGCAGACACACUGACACUCUUCUACACUCUACCACCUCCUCCACCUGGAAUCUGCUUUCAUUUGCUCUUUUCUUUUUCUUUUCUUCACAAUAUCUGGACACAAACCAGUCACCACCAAAUUCUAUUAAUCAGAAUUAUACAUUUAAAGACUUUAGUAAAUAUAUUGAUUUAUUUUUCAGAGUCAACGAGAGCCCUGAUUGAGUCAUUAGUGCACUCCGCUCGCUCUGCCUCUCCCGUUACUGUUAACUGUGACACACGCAUGCUUACGACAUCCCUCCUGUAAACAAUUAUUUUCUGACCUCUCCUGUUAAAUAAUAACCUGUGCCGUGAUGUAGGAAGUGCAGCUGUUUGUACCUGAUCUGACCUGAUAAUCUGGUAAUCAUGCGUAACCUUCACCAUAAACUCAGAGGCAGCCAAUCAUGGAUCAGAAUCUUCCUUAGUGAUUCUGACUCCAGCCAAUCCCUGACCAGGGAUGUGUAGCCAAUGAACAGCGCUCGUUCAGUGUGUGGAAAUGCGCAAAGCCUUAAGGGGAGUGGCCACACCCCCCAAAGUAAAUGCAGAUACACUGGGAUCGUCUCAGUUCCCUUAAUUGCAUCCAAGCAUCCUCCACUUGCGUCUUAGUCCCUCCCACCAGAGAUGCACGGAGAGACGUAAGGAAACGAAGCAGAGGAGAGAGGAACGAGGAAAUGUGUUUUAAGAGACAUGACGUCCGUGUGUUAUGAUGACAUCAGCUGAUCACAGCUCAGCUGUCAGUCGUCUUUAACAGCUGUUUGUAUUAUUUCUAAUCAAAUACACACAGUAACAGUGUUUAGUCUCUUUAUGUUACCUGAUAACAAACACCUGCACAAGAAGAACGACCUGCAGUCUGCUAAUAAAACAAACACACAGACCAUUUCUACACAAAGCUUUAAUAUUUGAUUAUUUAUUAGUUAUUAGUUUUUACUGAUAAUCUGACAGUGAACUCUGUUUUUUAUAAACACUUAGGAUGUCUCAGGAUUAUUGACAACAGGAUGCAGAACAUUUUCAAACUCUACGAUCGUUAACGAUCAUGAUGAAUGUAAAACGUGUUUCUGACUGACUCCUCCCACUCUGUCUGACUCAUUCUCAUCAUGAUUAAAUUAAAAACAGCAAACAGUAUGAGUGAUCAUGAAAAUAAAUAUGAGCUGUUCUAAUGAUGACAUAAGAUAUGGUGCUGAACGAUAUGUGAUAUUAUAGACUAAUACUUCAUAUUUGGUUGUUACUCUUCAUGUCAAACACUUCUUUAAUCCCAGCUCAUCACAGACUCUGACAUGUUUACAGUCUGUUUCAAAGUCUGAUGGUCCGUUUAACCUCUUUUUAAUGUCCGUCUUUUCUCCGUUAUUAAACUUUGUAGAUGUUGAGAAGUUUCGUCGAAGUCUGAUCCGCUGCAGUGUCCAAUCAGUGAGUGAUAUUUCAGACGGGGGCGGGUCUGUCAGUAAAAAGACUUCCGUAAAGUCAGCUCUCGAAACUUGAAGUCUGUAACAGCGACAUGAAAGCAGAUAAGAAACCGCUCUGCUCAUCUUCAUGAUGAAGAUAUUUUCAUUUUAGUUAUAAAUCCAGAAUUUCAUUCAAGGUCUUCACAGAAGAUUCAUAAAGGACCCUGUGGACGAGAGGGAAGCAGAAUUUUUUAGUGAUAAAUAAAUGUCUUGACCUAAA